GUGAAUAUUCAUAUCGAAAUUAAGAACGCAUUAAAUUUGAGGGUCCGUUGCUUUUAACAAUUUCGUUGGUCUGCAAGAUGUCUGAACUAAAGUUCAUUACAAAGAAUGUACCAAUAAUGAAAAUCGGUAAUGUAGAUGAAGCCAAAAUGAAUAUACUUACGGAGAGGAAGCCUAUUGUACUUCAAGGCUUGGAUAUUGGAGAGUGUACUACUAAAUGGAGUCCAGAAUAUUUAAUAAAUACUGUUAUUAACAAAGAAGUUAAACUUCACGUUUGCGCUUCUCCUCAGAUGGAUUUCAUCCAAAAAAACUUUCAAUACAAAACUUUGCAGUUUGAUGAAUUGAUCAGGAGAUGUUCUCAACCGCUUCCUUUAAAAAGCUAUUUUCUCUCAGAAUCCGAAAAGUACUAUUUGAGGACAUUAGGAACAGACCCGAGAAAAAUUCCAGCCGAUUUUACUAGAGAUUUCCCUGAGUUGGGGUGCGAUAUUAAAUUUCCGGCUUUGUAUGAUGUAGAUUCAUACUUUUCUAGUGUUUUCCGUGUGGCAUCUCCCGGUACUCAAUUGUGGACUCAUUAUGAUAUUAUGGAUAAUAUCCUUAUACAAAUUCGUGGCAAAAAAUCAGUAGUUUUAUAUCAUCCUGAUGACGCUGAAUAUUUAUAUCUUCAUAAGGAUAAAUCUAAAGUUUUGGAUAUUAAUAAUCCAGAUAAGGAGAAAUAUCCCCUUUUCUAUAAAGCUUGCCGCUACGAAUGUGAAUUAGAUGCGGGAGAUGUGCUGUUUAUACCAGCUCUGUGGUUUCACAACGUUACCUCUCUAGAGUUUGGUAUAGCAGUUAACGUUUUUUGGAGACAUUUGCCUGAAGAAUUUUACGAACCGAAAGAUCCGUAUGGCAAUAAGGACCUAAUUCCUGCAAAUAGAGCAUUUGAAAAGCUCUCCAGAGCUCUCAAAGAUAUGAACGAUUUGCCUUAUGAUUAUAAACGAGGGCGUUUCAAAUGUGAGAGGGAGCUAGUAGGCUUAGAAGGAAUAGUCAAUAGCUGUGAAAUGGAUGAAGAGAAGAGAAAAGUUGAUGCAUCUAAGGGCACAUGGGCAGACCCUGUCGAUAGCCUUGUUGAUAUCCAAGGAAAAUCUGAGUCAAUUCCGAUAGUUCAGAGUGAAAUCAACACGAAUAUUCUCAUCGAUUUGGAUACUCAAGUAUCUGAACCAAUCAAGAUUCAUAAUCCUGUUUCAAAUUCUAUAUCUUUCACCCCAACAAAAACACCUCCAUCUACACCUCAGAAUUGCGAUUCAGGAAUUUUGAAUAAUCCUCUAAAUGCUGAUGAGUUGAUUUGCAGGUCUGCUAAGAUAUUUCACGAUCAGAGUACUUCAGAAAAUUCAACUACCAACAAUGAUGCAAAUAAUAUAAAUAGUGCAGAAAAGAAAAAUUUUCCACUCUCCCAAAAUUACACACACGCAAAAAUGGGUUUAUGUGAUGAAGAUAAAUUGAAAGUGGCUCCCCUUUCUGAGCGAAAAUUGCCAAAAACUCUGGAAGAAAGAAAACAAAUCAAAGCUAAAGAAGUAAAAUCAAAUGCUGUCAAAGUAGAAUUGUCCGCAAAAAAUUCUUUCACUAAAGUGGAGAGUACUUUAUCUUCCAAAGCAAAUAUUGCAACAGUGGCAAAAACUAACAAUCCAUCAUCUCCUAAAAGAAAUAUUCAGAAAGUUAUUCCUACAAUCUCAAAAUCUUCUUUAAGCAGUCCAAAACGAAGUGUAACUGCUUCAGCUAAUGCUGCUAUAAAAAAAUCACCAGACGGCGUGACGAAGUCAGAUAAACAAAUCGAACAACAGAGUUUUAGGGGAAAGGAAAAAAAUAUUCCAAAGUUUUCCUGCAGAGGGUCUUCGCCACGACACUCUGCUACUUCUGAAAGUUCUGGGAUCUCCUGUCAAAAGGGAAAUAAAAGUCAAUUCGAAAAUAUUAAAUCGCGAUGUGGUUCUUUGGAAAAUGCUAGCCAUAUACCACAAGGAGGAGGGAAAAGGAUUGAAAACAGAAAAUUGGAUUGGAAGAGAGAGUCUAAAGUAGGUUCUUUAGAUAAUGCAAAACACAAACCCAGUGGUGGCGAUAAGAAGAUUUUAAAUGAAAAACUGGAAUGGAAAGUAUCAAGUAGAAUAGGAUCAUUGGAUAAUGCUCAGCAUCGUCCAGGGGGUGGUAAUGUGAAGGUUAAAAACGUUAAGUUAGAAUUUCGAGAGAAAGCUCAGUCAAAGAUUGGAAGUAAAGAUAAUAUGACAUACACACCAGGCGGUGGAGAUAAAAAAAUUGAAACCAGGAAAUUGGGAUUUAAGGAGACUGCCAAAGCCAGAACAGAUUCUGGAAUCAGCGCUUCAACUUAG